CAAACCAUCAAGCUCUUAGAGCGGUCAGCACGGUCAGAAGGGUCAGCCUACCCCCUGCCCGAAGCCUCAGAUUCCAAAAUUUCCCUUCCCACCACUCAAACCUCACUCCCUCAAACACCACCUACGUCCCCAAAUCACGUUAUCCAAACACAAACCAUGUCCAGCUUCACUCACGCCACCACACUCCUCCACGCCCACCUCAAAACCCACCACAAAAAGCCCUCCUCCACCGCCACCACCACCACCGCCGCCACCUCCACCCCUCUCCCCCACACAGGCCCCAACAGAAGGAACCUCAUCUCCACAUUCCUCGCCACUUCCACAGCUGUAGUAGCAGUGCAUGGCAGCACCCAACAAGCCCUGGCCCAGAACUGGGGCACCCGCUCCUUCAUCUGGGAGCACUUCUUCGGGCCCGGGCUUUCCCCGGAAGACGCGGUGGCCCGCAUAAAACAAACCGCCGAAGGGCUCCACGACAUGAGGGAGCCUCUGGAGACUCUGUCUUGGAGGUAUAUCAUGUUCUACAUACGCAUCAAACAGGCCUACCUUGACCAGGAUUUGAGAACUGCUUUCUCUACCUUACCUCAGAAUCGUCGCAAGGACUAUGUCAGAACUGCUAAUGAGUUGAUCUCCAACUUUGAAGAGUUUGAUCGGUAUAUUAGAACGCCAAAGGUGUAUGAAUCGUACCUAUACUACGAGAAGACAUUGAAGUCAAUAGAUGAACUUGUGGCCAUACUAACAUAGCACAAGGAGGAAGCUGCAGGGUAUAUCAGUAUUCGGAAUUCUAAUUUUUGUGGUAUAAAACCUCUUGUUACUCUUUUUUUUCUUCUUUUUUAAUAUAUAUAUAUAUAUUUUAUGUACAUGUUUCA